CGUGGCUGGACGCUGCAAUCUGCAGAGUGGCAGAAUUAUUUUUGUUCAGUGAAGUCCCGUCUUGUCGGCUGCCCCAUACCCGCCGCUGUGCCUGGAUUUUCACUGCCAUCUCAUUUUUUUGGAGUUUGCCUCUUCUUCUUUUUGCAAAAGCAACUUUGACUUGACUGCAAGCGGAGAGAGAAAGGGUUCCUUGGGCCGAUCUAAAAGCACCUCAGGAUGUCACAAUCCUUAAAACUACAAAAGGAACAGCAGCAACGGGACCUUGAGACGCACUUUGAGAGCAGCUAUCACCAAGGCUCCCUGUCAUCUGUUAGCCGCCAGUCUUAUGCUGCUUAUGUGAGCAGCAGCAGCAGCAGCCAUGGGCACAAGAUUUCAAAGAAGGAAAAGAAACUGAGCGCUCUUUCUAAAAAAGAAAAGCGCUCUUACCUGGCGGUGGACAAAGAAGACGAGGUCAUUGGAUACGUUGUGCCAGUCUUCAGAAGCAGUCGUUUGGCUACCCAGGAUCUGAUGGAGACUCAGGAGGAGGUGAAGGAGGAGGGUGUGGGGUAUGUCGUCAUGAGGAACCUGUUCUCCAGGGAGACCGACUUCAAGAUGAGAACUGUGAAGAAGUCCAGAGAGACCAGUUUGAGAGAGUCUGCUGAACGCAUGGACCUGAGCAGGAAGAUGCAUGAGAAAGAACAAUUCCAAAAGAAGAUGAACCCAGACAGUUUGACUCACCCCCCAGAGUUCAUCGUGAAACCACGUGGCCAGACUGUGUGGGAGGGGAAGAGUGUGACACUGCACUGCACGGUGGCUGGAUGGCCAAAACCCCGUGUGGCCUGGUACAAAAACAACGUGUUAAUCGAUGCUAAGGCUCACCCUGAGAAAUACUUCACAGAGAGCCAAUACAACAUGCAUUCUCUGGAAAUCAAGAAUUGUAAUUUUAGCGAUACUGCCGAGUAUCGAAUCUCUGCACUUAACGUGAAGGGAGAAAGCUCUGCGUUUGCCCCUGUCAUUAUUAAAAGAUUCAAAGAAGGAGAAGAGGUGACUGAAAGGCCCCAUGGUUUCAGCCCUGAAUACGGUGUGACCUUCAACACUACCAUCAUUGACAAGUUUGACGUUUCUUUUGGCCGUGAGGGAGAGACCAUGAGCUUGGGCUGUACAGUCAUUGUCUACCCCACUGUGAAGCGCUACCAACCAGAGAUAGUGUGGUACAGAAAUGGUGUCGCCUUGUCACCUUCUAAGUGGGUGCAUAUGCACUGGAGUGGUGAGCGAGCCACUUUGACUCUUGUGCAUCUGAAUAAAGAAGAUGAGGGUCUCUAUACUCUGCGUGUCAACACCAAGUCAGGCUUCGACACCCACUCUGCUUAUGUGUUUGUCAGAGAUGCUGAUGUGGAGGAGGAGGGGGUUCCUGUUGCUCCACUUGAUGUGCGUUGUCAUGACGCCAAUAAAGACUAUGUGGUUGUUACCUGGAAGCAGCCCGCAGUGGAGGGCAGCAGUUCCAUCAUCGGCUACCUCAUUGACAGGUUGGAGGUUGGCACUCAUCACUGGGCCCAGUGUAAUGACACUCCAGUGAAGUAUGCCCGUUUUCCUGUCACUGGGCUUAUUGAGGGCCGCUCCUACACCUUUAGGGUGCGAGCUCUCAACAAUUCUGGUGUGAGCCGCCCGUCCCGGGCCUCUGACCCUGUAGUUGCCAUGGAUCCAUCAGACCGGGCCCGCCUUAGAGCUGGGCCCUCGGCUCCAUGGACUGGAAUGAUCAAAUUCACUGAGGAAGACCCAACAGUGGGGGUGGUUCCUGGUUCACCUACUGACCUGGCUGUCACUGAGGCUACUAAGAGUUAUGUGGUACUGAGCUGGAAGCCACCUGUCCAGAGAGGACAUGAGGGUGUCAUGUAUUAUGUGGAGAAGUGCUUGGUGGGUACAGAUACAUGGCAGAGGGUGAACACCGGGAUGCCAGUGAAAUCCCCCCGCUUUGCCCUGUUCGACCUUGCCGAAGGCAAAUCCUACAGCUUCCGUGUCCGUAGCUGCAACUCUGCCGGAGUUGGAGAGGCGUCGGAAGAAACUGGGGCGACCACUGUGGGAGACAGAUUGGACUUGCCCUCUGUCCCAGGGCCUGUUAUUCCCAUCAGAAACACUGACACAUCUGUUGUGGUGUGCUGGGGGGCGUCUAAGGAGGUUAAGAAUCUGGUGGGCUAUUACAUCGAGGUCAGCGUCAAUGGCAGUGGCGUAUGGGCUCCCUGCAACAACAAGCCAGUCAAAGGCACUAGGUUUGUGUGCCACGGGCUGAACACUGGGGACAAAUGCGUGUUUAGGGUGAAGGCUGUGAACGCUGCAGGAUACAGUGGAAGCAGUGCCGAAUCUGAGGCCUGCAUUGUACGAGCAAGCAUUGCCGUCCCAAGCCCUCCUGUCGGUGUGACCCUGCAGGAGAGGGUCCGUGACUACAUGGUGCUGGGCUGGCAAGCUCCUGCUAAAACUGGUGGGGCAGAUGUUAGAGGUUACUACCUGGAUUACAGAACAGUGAAGGAUGGAGUCGCUAGCAGGUGGCAUGAAAUUAACCUCAAGGCAGUCACUAGUACAUCUUACAAAGUGACUGACCUGAAGGAAAACCUGUUCUACCAGUUCCAGGUGCGUGCAGUCAAUCAGGCUGGUAUUAGUGAAUCCUCCGUACCCACUGUCCCAUUGGAGUGCAAGGAAUGGACUGUGGCUGUUCCAGGUCCUCCUAAUGGCCUCCGUGUCCUGGAGGUGCGCAAAGACUCCAUGGUCCUUCUGUGGGAGCCACCCACAUUCAAUGGUCGCAGUCCUGUGACUGGAUAUUAUGUGGACUACAAGGAAGAGAAUGGCAGAUGGAGAUGUGUCCAAGAGAGAUCCACAAAAAAUACUUACAUGAAGGUAACUGGUCUCCAAGAGGGUGUUUCCUACAAGCUGCGUGUCCAUGCUAAGAAUCUGGCAGGUGUAGGUGGACCCUCAAAGUCAACUGAUGCAAUUUUGGCUGUGACCCGCCCUGGAACCAAUGAGAUUGUUGUGGAUGUGGACGAUGAUGGUGUGAUCUCUCUGAUCUUUGAGUGCGCCGAUCUUAAACAGGACUCUCAGUUUGUGUGGUCCAAAAACUACAAGGCCCUCACUGACACUUCUCGUCUCACCAUUCAGACUUCUGAGGGCAAGUCCAGAGCCAUCUUUAAUGACCCAUCGUUGGAAGACUUGGGCACUUACUCUUGUGUUGUGACCAACGUUGAUGGUGUCUCUGCCAGCUACACGCUCACUGAGGAAGGUCUUAAGCGCUUGUUGGAAAUCAGCCGUGACCACCAGUUCCCCAUAAUUCCCUUCAAAAGUGAAAUGGCCAUUGAGCUGCAGGAGAAGGGUCGUGUGCGUUUCUGGGCCGAAGUUGGCAAGUUCACUUCUAAUUGCCAAGUGGAAUAUGUCUUCAAUGAUAAUAUCAUUCAUGAAGGAAAGAAGUACACAAUGAACUUUAACAAAAGUACUGGCAUUAUUGAGAUGUUCAUGGACUUACUGGAGGUUACUGAUGAAGGAACCUUCACAUUCAACCUUGUUGAUGGCAAAGCAACUGGUCGCACCAGCUUAGUGCUUAUUGGAGAAGAGUUUGCUGAGCUUCAGAAGAAGUCUGAGUUUGAGAGAGCAGAAUGGGUCAGAAGACAAGGUCCUCACUUCGUGGAGUAUCUCAGUUUCGAGGUCACUGCAGAAUGUGACGUGCAUCUGAAAUGCAAGGUUGGAAACAUCAAACCUGCCACUGAGAUUGCCUGGUUUAAGGAUGGAAUUGAGAUUGAAGAGGAAGAUGAGGAUGCUAAGAAGAUCGGAAAAUCUGAUGACGUCUUGAUCUUUGACAUUGGCAAGCUUGUUAUUAAGAGCGAAAAGGCAGAGAAAACCUGCAAAAAGAAACCUGCAGCCGAAGAAAGUCCAAGCAAGCCAAAAAUUUCAAAGAAGGAUGCAGGAAUAUAUGAGGUUGAUCUGAAGGAUGAAAGAGGAAAGGACAAAACUUUGCUGAACCUGACAGAUGCAGGUUAUCAAGCAGUCCUGAAUGAAGUAUUUAGAGUUAUUGCCAAUUCUUCAACCGAGCUCAAGGUUAUGAGCACAGAACAUGGAAUCAUUCUCUACUCGUUCGUUGUGCACUAUAUUGAAGAUCUCCGUGUUGGCUGGCUUCACAAAGAAUCAAAGAUCUCCCACUCAGACAGAGUGCAGUGUGGAGUCACCGGAGAACAGCUGUGGCUCAAAAUUAACGAGCCCACCGAGAAGGAUAAGGGCAAAUAUGCUAUUGAUAUCUUCGAUGGCAAAGGCAGCGUCAAGAGAGUUCUUGACCUGUCAGGACAAGUAUGGGAGGAAGCAUUUGAAGAAUUCAAGAGGCUGAAGGCGGCGGCCAUAGCAGAGAGAAACCGUGCCCGUGUGGUGGGCGGCCUGCCUGAUGUAGUCACCAUUCAAGAGGGCAAGUCCCUCAACCUCACUGGCAACGUAUGGGGUGAUCCUGUUCCCGAGGUCAGCUGGGUGAAGAACGACAAACCGCUGUUGCCUGACGAUCACUAUACGCUGAAGUUUGAGCACGGCAAGUUUGCCAGCAUCACCAUUGCUGCUGUUACAACCGUCGAUUCGGGCAAAUACGCCCUGCUGGUGAAGAACAAGUAUGGCACAGAGGCGGCAGAGUUCACCGUCAGUGUCUACAUCCCAGAGGAUGAAGCAGAGAAGAAGGAGUAAAGACACGCACAGAGGGAAAGAGGAGGGGUUUAACAGAUGACCAGUAUACCUUCCAAAGCAUUUUAAUUCAAAGCAUGCCCACCCACAGUGCAAUAUUGUAUGGUUUUCUCUUAAACAAACAUGCUGGUGAUUAAAAAAUUUUUUUCCCAAAUAAUGUGAGAAAUAUCCACCUUUUUCUUUUCUUAAGAAUGAGCGAGGCAAUUUUUACAUUUUAUGGGUCUGGCUUCUGGUCUUAUUCACGUACAGCUACUUUCUUCUGUACAAAACAGCUUGUUUUGCUGCUUGAUAUUGCAAACUGGUGUGUCUUACCAUAUUAUUUUAAUGUAUUAACUUAAUUUUGAGCACACUGGUUUGUAGUGCAAACAGUUUUACAGUUUACUGCAUAAAUAACGUUGUUAUUCUUCCUGUAGCGAAUGAACUGGAAGUCUCACCCCAUAGGCUUACUUCCACGUUGAAGAAAAAGGUGGAUGUACUGGGCUUCUAGGCAUUUCACACUGUAUGCGAUAGUUCAUCCAAAGAUUAAAAUUCUGUUAUCAUUUAAUCAACCUAAACCUGUUGAACACAAAAGAAGAUAUUUGAAAAAAUUUUGGUAACCAGUUGAUGGUAGCUACUGACUUCUACAGUAUUUUUAGUAUCAUAGUUUUAGUAUCAUAAUUUGUACAGUUGAGGUCAAAAGAUUACAUUCCCCUUUCAGAAUCAUUAAAAAAUGUUAAUUAUUAAUUAUUAAUUGUUAAUGUUAAUUAGAGGGGGCAUACAAAAUGCAUGUUAUUGUUAAUUUAGUACUGACCUAAAUAAGAUAUUUCACAUAAAAGAUGUUAACAUAUAGUCCACAAGAGAAAAUAAUAGCUGAAUUUAUAAAAAAAAUAACCUGGUCUAAAAGUUUACAUCCCCUUGAUUGUUAAUACUGUGCUCAUACCUCAGUGAUCCACAGCUGUGUGUUUUUUGUUUAGUUCAUGAGUCCUUUGUUUGUCCCGAACAGUUAAACUGCCCGCUGUUCUUCAGAAAACUCCUUCAGGUCCCAGAAAUGUUAGCUUGGGUUAGCAGUUCCAGAAGGAAAAAAACAUGCAUAAAGAGCUAGGGGUGAAAACUUUUGAGCAGAGUGGAGAUGUGUACAUUUUUCCUUAAUGCAUCAUGUUCCGUUCUGGAGCACCAGUGAGCAUUUGAACCUUCUGUAAUAGUUGCAUAUGAGUCCCUCAGUUGUCCUCAGUGUGAAAAGAUGGAUCUCAAAAUCAUACAGUCAUUGUUGGAAAGGGUUCAAAUACACUAAAAUGCUGGAAAGCCAAAGAAUUUGUGGGAACUGAAGGAUUUUUUUGAAUAACAGUGAACAGUUUACUACUAUCACUAAACGAAAAACAGCUGUGGAUCAUUCAGGUAACUACACAGCAGUAAGAUUAAAAGGGAUGUAAACUUUUGAUCCGGGUAAUUUUUUUUUGGAAAUUCAGCUAUUAUUUUCUCUUGUGUACUGUAUGUAAACAAAUUUUAUGUGAAAUAUCUUAUUAAGGUCAGUACUAAAUAAACAAUAACAUGCAUUUUCUAUGAUCCCUCUUAUUUUGGUAAAAUAAUUAACAUUUGUAAUAAUUCUGAAAGGAGGAUGCAAACUUUUUACCUCAAAUGUAUGGGCUGGAGUUGAUUACUAGCAUUCUUUAUCUUUAUUCUUCAUCUUUUUUGGCCUCACAGAACAGAAAAACUCAUAGAGGUUUGGAACAACUUAAGUUGAGUUAAGUCUAGCUCUGAUGCAUUCAUUUAAAAUUUGGGAAGAGAGGUUAUGAAGCCCUGCUGCCAUUCUGGCAUCAAAAGCAUACAGUUUGAUUUACUAACCAGUGUGAACUGUAUGGAAAAGUAAACAUUGAGAUGUUAACCUUGAGGUGUUAAAGUUUGCACAGCCCAUUUAGCAACUUAAGAUACAUGCAUCUCAUUGCUUUAUGUAACUGCAGUGUACCUGCAAGUAAUAAAGACACUUGGGUAAGACAAUAUUAACAUGUUUUGAAUUAAAAAGCUUUGGGUGUUGCUUUAUUUCUAAGCAUAAACUGGAACAUAGUGCAAAAUCAGCAUGUAUCAUGACUGUUGUCUUAUUUUAAUUCAAAACGUUUGUGUAGUUUUCAGUGUCAAUUUACUGCUUUGUGAAGAAAAAAAAAUCCCAUUUAACAGCAGACAACAAAACGUUAAAGGUUACCAAACCAAUAGUGUGAUUCGGUAAAUCCUUCAUCAAAUAUAUUUCUGGAUAAUCUCA